GAGGAGGAGGAGGGGAGUGUGUUGUGGCUCUGACUCCGGGGUUGGUUGGGAUCGGUUCAGUCUCGGGUGAAAAUGGCCACCGGCAGCACCGGGGGAGGCAGAGCGGGAGCGGCACCGACCCCCCCCCCCGGCACCUCACAGGGGCCCUGUCUGUAAACCCCGGAGAGGAGAGAGAGCCCUCGACACACACACACACACACACACCGGACGCCCUUCUCUCCGCUCCGCCGUGUCCUGGCGGCGCCUUUCUGGCCUAGCCGUGUGUUCAGGAAGCUGGGAAAAAUGAACAUGGUGAAGAGAAUCAUGGGCCGUCCACGGCAGGAGGAGUGCAGUCCUCAGGAUAAUGCACUAGGCCUCAUGCAUUUACGUCGCCUCUUCAUGGAGCUGUGCCACUCACCACGGCACAUGACACAGAAGGAACAGGAGGAAAAGCUCUACAUGAUGUUGCCAGUUUUCAACAAGGUAUUUGGGAACACUCCUCCUGGCACUAUGACAGAGAAAUUUUCAGACCUUCUUCAGUUUGCUGCCCAAGUUUCCCGUUUGAUGGUGACUGAGAUCAGGAGGAGAGCUUCAAACAAAUCCACAGAGGCAGCGAGUCGUGCCAUUGUUCAGUUUCUGGAGAUUAAUCAAAGUGAAGAAUCGAGCAGAGGUUGGAUGCUUCUCACCACCAUCAACCUGCUGGCAUCGUCCGGGCAGAAAACUGUGGACUACAUGACUACCAUGUCUUUGCCUUCCACGUUGGUGAAAUGUCUGUAUCUAUUCUUCGACCUCCCACAUGUGCCUGAGGUUCCUGGAGCAGCUCAGACAGAGCUGCCACUUAGUGAGCGGCGAGCACUGCUGCAGAAAGUCUUUGUCCAGAUCUUAGUGAAACUCUGCAACUACAUCUCACCAGCAGAAGAGCUAGCCCAGAAAGAUGACCUCCAGCUCCUGUUCAGUGCAAUAACCUCCUGGUGUCCUCCCCACAAUAUCCUCUGGAGAAAGAGUGCCGGAGAGGUACUAAUGACCAUAUCACGUCAUGGACUCAGCAUCAAUGUGGUCAAAUACAUCCAUGAUAAAGAAUGCGUGGCUACUUGUAUCCAGAACAUGCAGCAGUCAGAUGACCUAUUGCCCCUGGAGAUUGUUGAGAUGUUUGCAGGACUUUCCUGCUUUCUCAAGGACUCCAGCGACGUGUCGCAAGUGCUCUUGGAUGAUUUUAGGUGCUGUCAAGGUUACCAGUUCCUUUGUGAUCUUCUGCUUAAGUUGGAGCUAAUGAAGGAGCCUGAUGCCAAAGAGGCACUGAAAGACUUGGUUCAGUUGGUGACCUCACUGACAACCUACGGGAUAAAUGAACUGAGACCUGCUGGUGUUACUAGUGGAGCACCUUUCCUGCUACCGGGAUUUGUAGUACCACAACCUUGUGGCAAAGGACACACAAUAAAAAACAUCCAAGCCUUUUCUGUUCUUCAGACUGCCUUCUUAAAAGUAAGAUCCAGCCAUCUCGCUGGAAUGAUUUUGGAUGCCAUCUCAAACCUUUACAUAGCAGACAAUGCCAAUUACUUUAUCCUGGAGUCUCAGCACACUCUUUCACAAUUUGCUGAGAAGAUUUCCAAAGUACCAGAGGUGCAGUCCAAGUACUUUGAAAUGCUGGAAUUUAUUAUCUUCAGUUUGAACUAUAUCCCAUGCAAAGAACUCAUAAGCGUCAGCAUCUCGUUGAAGGCCAGCACCUCUUACCAAUGCAGCAUCACUGCGAUGAAAACACUUUUGAAAUUUUCACGCCAUGAUCCUAUCUUCAGGGAUGUAUUUCGGGAGGUCGGGUUGCUCGAGGUGAUGGUGAACCUUUUGCACAAAUAUGCUGCUCUGUUAAAAGACCCCACUCAAAGCUUCAACGAUUCAGUGGAAUCAAAAGGGAAUGUCUCAAUGGACGAUCGGAAGCAGUUGGCCUUGCUGGUGAUGGAGACUUUGACAGUACUGCUGCAAGGAUCAAACACAAAUGCAGGUGUUUUCCGGGAGUUUGGAGGAGCACGAUGUGUACAUAACAUAGUGAAGUAUCCACAGUGUCGAGAACAUGCACUGAUGAUCAUCCAGCAGCUGGUCCUGUCCCCCAGUGGCGAUGACGAUAUGGGUACACUGCUUGGACUGAUGCACUCAGCCCCGUCCACAGAACUGCAACUCAAAACAGAUAUUCUACGGGCUCUCCUAACUGUGUUAAGAGAAAGUCAUCGCACACGAACUGUGUUCCGAAAAGUGGGAGGAUUUGUAUACGUCACAUCCCUUUUGGUUGCCAUGGAAGGAUCUUUGAUUUGUGUGCCCAGAGGGGUGUGGGAAAAGGUGAACACAAACCAAGUCUCUGAAUUGGUGCACACAGUCAUUUGCACGUUGACCGCAGCAAUGCGUUAUGAACCUGCCAAUUCCCAUUUCUUCAAGACUGAGAUUCAGUAUGAAAAACUUGCAGACGCUGUGCGUUUGCUUGGUUGCUUCUCAAAUCUUCGACAAAUUGGUCUGGCUUCUGAAUGCCCCUCAAACGUCCAACCAUUUCAGAGACUGCUUGAAGAUGAUGUGGCAUUGUUAGAAUCGGUCAAUCCCACGCUGAAACACUGUAGUAAACUUUUUUGUUGCCUCUACAAAAUGGCCACGGACUCUUUUGACAGUUUUGCUGAACAGAUUCCUCCUUGCCUGACGCAUGAGACUUCCCUACCCUCUCCUUGGGGAACUCCAGCUCUGUCCAGGAAAAGGUAUUGGCUCAGUAGGGCACCUCCCGUGAUUCCACCCAAAGUUGCUACGGACAUGAAGCUGCACAAUGCAGUGGCUUCUUUGCAUUCUUCUGAUCCAGUCAUAAUCCAUCCGGGUGCUGUGCUUGCCAUGUUGGACCUACUCGCCUCCGUCAAAUCCAAUGAACAGCUCAAGCAUGCAUUAGAUCUUCAGCUUGCAGUAGCUAAUAUCUUACAGUCACUUAUUCACUCGGAAAGAAAUCAGCAAGUAAUGUGUGAAGCAGGGCUUCACGCACGGCUGCUUCAGAGGUGUAGUUCUGCUCUGGCUGAUGAAGACCACCCUCUUCACCCACCACUCCAGAGGAUGUUUGAGAGGUUGGCUUCCCAGUCACUGGAACCAAUGGUCCUUAGGGAGUUUCUCCGUCUUGGUAACCCACUGAAUUGUGGAGCCUGGGAUAAAAAGUUGAUCAACGUGUACAGGGUCCACAAACCAAGCUCUUUAAGUUGUGAAACAGAUAUAAGAGGUAGCCUGAUGAUGUCUUUGGAUGGAUUCGAUCCUGAAAAUGUUUUCAGCGGGAAUGAAGAUAACAGUCACUACAGGAUCAGCAAAAGCCUGCUCAAAGGGGCGGAAGGAAGCACAGUGCCUCUGACUCGGGUGAAGUGCUUAGUCUCCAUGACAACACCACAUGACAUUAGACUUCACGGAUCAUCAGUUACUCCAGCAUUUGUGGAGUUUGAUACUUCUCUGGAAGGCUUUGGCUGCCUGUUUUUGCCGAGCUUGGCUCCCCACAACGCACCUGUUAAUGCCGCUGCCGUGACGGGAGGACUUAAUGAUGGAGCUGUUACCAGUGGAUUCGGCGCAGGCGAACGAUUCUUUCCACCUCCUUCCGGGCUGACAUACUCAACCUGGUUUUGUAUUGAGCGGUUCACCACGUCUUCAAGCAAUCACCCGGUUAGACUUCUUACCCUCGUGCGGAGGUCAAACUCUUCUGAGCAUCACUAUAUUUGCCUCGCCAUAGUCCUUUCUGGGAAAGACAAAGCCCUCCUGGUUUCUACCAAGGAAGAGCUGCUGCAGACCUACGUUGAUGAUUUCAGUGAGGAGUCCUCUUUCUAUGAGAUUCUCCCUUGCUGUGCACGAUUCCGGUGUACUGAUCUGAUUAAUGAGGGACAGUGGCAUCAUUUGGUGCUUGUGAUGAGCAAAGGCAUGCUGAAGAACAGCACUGCUACAUUGUACGUGGAUGGUCAGCAUGUUAACACAGUCAAGCUUCACUAUAUUCACAGUUCUCCUGGCGGGUCAGGCUCAGCCAAUCUACCAGUUGCGAGUACAGUGUAUGGCUAUAUUGGUUCACCUCCAGCUCAGCGCCAUAUCUCACCACUAGUGUGGCGUCUUGGACCAACUCACUUCCUGGAGGAUGUUUUACCUGCUUCUAGCAUCAGCACCAUUUAUGAACUAGGACCAAACUACAUUGGAAGCUUCCAAGCUGUGUGUGUUCCAUGUAAGGAUUCCAAGUUAGAAACAGUUAUUCCAUCCCCCACCAGCUUGGUUCCUGAGGAAAAAGUAUCAUUUGCACUGUAUGCAUUGUCUGUUUCUACGCUAACAGUGGCCAAGAUUCGAAAGAAUUACAACAAAGUGGACAGCAAAACAAUAGCAAAACAGAUGGCCAUUUCUUCCCAUGAAAAUGCUACACCUGUGAAACUAUUACACAAUGCCGCAGGACAUUUAAAUGGACCAGCACGGACUAUUGGCGCAGCUCUAAUAGGAUACUUAGGCGUAAGGACUUCAGUUCCUAAGCCUGUUGCUACAACAUUGCAGUACAUUGGUGGGGCUGCUGCUAUUUUAGGUCUUGUUGCAAUGGCGUCAGAUGUUGAGGGUCUGUAUGCUGCUGUGAAGGCUCUUGUCUGUGUGGUAAAAAGUAACGCAUUGGCCAGUAAAGAGAUGGAGAGGAUUAAAGGCUAUCAGUUGUUGGCAAUGCUGCUGAAGAAAAAGAGAUCUCUCCUGAAUAGUCAUAUUCUACAUCUCACAUUUUCGCUAGUGGGAACUGUUGACAGUGGCCACGAGACCAGUAUCAUCCCCAAUUCUAAUGGAUUCCAGGAUCUGCUGUGCGACUUUGAUGUCUGGCUUAAUGCACCGUAUGAGCUUCAUCUAUCUUUGUUUGAGCACUUUAUUGAACUUCUGACUGAAUCAAGCGAGGCUUCCAGGAAUGCCAAGUUAAUGAGAGAUUUCCAAUUGAUACCAAAGCUCCUGCUUACUCUGAGAGACACAUCUCUGUCACAGCCGACCAUUGCAGCCAUCAGUAAUGUGCUCAGUCUUUUGCUGCAGGGCUUUCCAAACAGCAAUGAUCUGCUCAGGUUUGGCCAGUUUCUUUCCUCGACAUUACCAACCUUCGCAGUUUGUGAGAAGUUCAUAAUCAUGGAGGCUAAUAAUGAGGAAAAGGAAGAAGGAGUAGAGGAUGACUUUGGUGGCCUUGUGUCAGCUAAUACAAUUCUACUAAGAAACCGACUUCUGGACCUCUUGCUGAAACUGCUUUUUGUUUCAAAAGACAAACCCAGCGUUGUUCAUCAGUCAUGUGAAGAAUUGGUGAAGAUUCAGGGUUUCGACUGGCUUCUGAUGUUCAUGGAAGAGCACUUGCAUCCCACCACCAUCACUGCGGCAAUGAGAAUUCUGGUUGUUCUGCUCAGCAACCAGUCCAUCCUGGCCAAGUUUAAAGAAGGGCUAUCGGGAGGUGGCUGGCUGGACCAGACCGACUCGGUUCUCACAAAUAAAAUUGGCACUGUAUUAGGUUUCAACGUUGGCAGAAUUGCUGCUGGUAGAUCAACAGUGCGUGAAAUAAACCGCGAUGCUUGCCACGUUCCUGGCUUUCCGGUGCUUCAGUCAUUCCUACCGAAGCAUACCAGUGUGCCUGAGCUCUAUUUCCUCCUAAUGGCCCUUUUCCUCCAGCAGCCAGUUACUGAACUGCCAGAAAACUUACAGUUUGAUCUGGAUUCAAUCUGGACAUUCAUCUUUGGAGUACCAGCUUCCAGUGGAACAGUGGUUGCAUCUGUUCAUACAGUGUGCUCAGAAGCUGCUUUCUUAUUGCUGGGUAUGCUCAGGAGCAUGCUCAAUCUUCCCUGGCAGUCAGAAGAAGAGGGCUCCUGGCUCAGAGAAUACCCAGUCACUCUGCUGCAGUUCUUCCGUUAUUUAUAUCACAAUAUUCCAGAUCUAGCUCCGUUUUGGACAAGCCCAGAGUUUCUCUGUGCAUUUGCAGCCACAGUCUUUCCAUUUAACAUCAGGCCAUAUUCCGAAAUGGUGAGUGAUCUGGAUGAUGAAGUGGGUUCCCCUGCUGAGGAGUUCAAAGCAUUUGCAGGAGACACUGGCAUGAAUAGGAGUCAAUCUGAGUAUUGUAACGUGGGGUCCAAAACCUUCUUGACCAAUCAUCCCGCUAGGAAAUUUGUCUUCGACUUCAUGCGUGUCCUUGUGAUAGACAACCUGUGUCUUGCACCCGCUAGUAAACAGACAACGCUUAUCGACUUACUGUUGGAGGCUUCACCUGAUAGAUCAACACGGACUCAGCAAAAAGAAUUCCAAACUAAUAUUUUGGACAGUGUGAUGGAUCACUUGCUGGCAGCAGAUGUUUUGUUAGGUGAAGAUGCAACCUUACCCAUCACCAGUGGAGGAAGUUACAAUAUUCUGGUGAACAAUGUAUUUUACUUUACUCAGCGCGUUGUGGAUAAGCUUUGGCAGGGGAUGUUUAGCAAGGAGUCCAAGAUGGUGGUCGAAUUUAUUGUCCAGCUGAUAGGACAGUCCAAAAGGAGGUCCCAAGGGCUGUCUCUUGACCCUAUUUACCACUGCUUGAAUCGAACCAUCCUCUACCAGCUGUCAAGACCACAUAAGACUGUUCCACAGCAAGUUGCUCUGUUAGAUUCCUUGAGGGUUUUGACUGUCAACCGCAAUCUCAUACUGGGACCUGGCAACCACGAUCAGGAAUUCAUUGGCUGUCUGGCCCACUGUUUAAUCAGUCUCCAUGUUGGAAGUAACCUUGAUGGAUUUGGGCUGGAAGCAGAAGCAAGAAUGACAACAUGGCAUAUCAUGAUACCUUCUGAUCUUGAACCUGAUGGAGGUCAUAGCCAAGAUAUCAGUGAGGGUCGUCAGCUUCUACUCAAAGCCGUAAGCCGGGUGUGGACUGAGCUAAUUGUUGGCAAAAAACAAGCUCUGGAGGACAUUUUUAAAAUAACACUACCUACAAAUGAGCGUGGACUUGUGGAUUUGAACAGCGCUCGAUCACUUCUUGAGGAUGCUACUUUAAAAUGCUGGCAGAACCACUUAGCCCAUGAAAAGAAAUACAUCAGCAGAGGUGAGACAACUGUAGCACCAGCCGCACAAUCCAAAUUGUCACGGGUUAGCAGUGGAUUUGGUCUGUCAAAGCUGACUGGUUCCAGGCGAAACCGGAAGGAAAGUGGGAUCAGUAAAAACCACCUCACAGCACAGGAAGCCUCGCAGUGGAUGUUUACUCACAUUGCCGUUGUGCGGGAUUUAUUGGAUAUGCAGUAUAAAGAGUAUCAGGAGCGACAACAAAAUGCCCUGAAAUAUGUAACGGAGGAAUGGGCUCAGAUAGAGAACGAGUUACUGCGAGAGAGAGGCUUGUGGGGUCCUCCUAUCGGGUCACAUCUAGAUAAGUGGAUGCUUGAAAUGCCAGAGGGACCCUGUCGAAUGAGGAAGAAGAUGGUGCGGAAUGACAUGUUUUAUGUACAUUAUGCGUAUUUACCAGAAAAUGAACAGGAGUCUACCAGUCUGCUGAAACCUGCUCGCUACCGUAGAGCUAUAAGCUACGAUAGUAAAGAAUAUUAUAUACGACUGUCUGCUGGAAACCCAACUGUGUAUCCGGAUACAAUCGAAGAGAGUUCAGAGGGUGAAGCCACUCAGCAUGAGCUAGAGCAUGGCGAAGACACCAUUGCAAGAGUCAAAGGAAUUGUGAAGCCACCUCUGAAACGUUCCCGUUCUGCUCCCGACGGUGGAGAUGACGACAACACCGAACCUUUCCUUGACCAGAUCUCUGAGGGAAACUCGAUGGACGAAGAAGAGAAGACUGACAACCAAACUCUGCUACGGUUAUUAGAGGAAGGAGAAAAGAUUCAGCACAUGUACAGAUGUGCCAGAGUACAAGGACUUGACACCAGUGAGGGGCUCCUUCUGUUUGGCAAAGAGCAUUUCUAUGUGAUUGAUGGUUUCACAAUGACUGCCACCAGGGAGAUCCGUGACAUUGAGACAUUGCCCCCAAACAUGCAUGAACCCAUUAUUCCCAGAGGAGCGCGGCAAGGACAGAGUCAGCUGAAGAGGACUUGCAGCAAAUUUGCAUACGAGGAUAUCAAAGAAGUACACAAGAGACGCUAUCUGCUGCAGCCUAUUGCAGUUGAGGUUUUUUCUGGCGAUGGGCGGAAUUAUCUCUUGGCUUUCCAAAAAGGGGUCCGCAAUAAAGUGUAUCAAAGAUUUUUGGCUGUGGUCCCCUCAUUGACUGACAGUUCUGAGUCUGUGUCUGGUCAAAGGCCCAAUACAAGUGUGGAACAAGGAUCUGGCUUACUUAGCACUUUGGUUGGAGAAAGGUCUGUAACACAAAGAUGGGAGAGAGGAGAAAUCAGUAAUUUCCAAUACCUUAUGCAUCUGAACACAUUAGCUGGCAGAUCCUAUAAUGACUUGAUGCAGUAUCCAGUCUUCCCGUGGAUCCUUGCAGACUUUGAUUCAGAGGAACUUGAUCUCACUAAUCCCCAAACAUUUAGGAACCUGGCAAAACCGAUGGGAGCUCAGACUGAAGAGAGAUUAGCUCAGUAUAAGAAACGAUAUAAAGACUGGGAGGAUCCUAAUGGUGAAACACCAGCAUAUCAUUAUGGAACACACUAUUCUUCCGCCAUGAUUGUAGCUUCUUACUUAGUAAGAAUGGAGCCCUUCACUCAAAUCUUUCUCCGACUUCAGGGCGGUCACUUUGAUCUAGCCGAUCGCAUGUUUCACAGUGUGCGAGAGGCUUGGUAUUCAGCCUCCAAACACAACAUGGCGGAUGUGAAAGAGCUCAUCCCAGAAUUCUUCUACCUCCCAGAGUUUCUCCUCAACUCCAACAAUUUUGAUCUAGGUAAUAAACAGAAUGGUAUUAAGUUGGGAGACGUGUUACUACCACCGUGGGCUAAAGGGGACCCGAGGGAGUUCAUCAGAGUUCAUCGUGAGGCUCUGGAAUGUGACUACGUCAGCUCCCACCUGCAUGAAUGGAUUGAUUUGAUAUUUGGUUACAAACAACAAGGCGUUCCUGCAGUGGAGGCAGUCAAUGUCUUCCAUCACCUAUUCUAUGAAGGCCAGGUGGACAUAUAUAACAUCAAUGAUCCACUGAAAGAAACUGCAACCAUUGGCUUCAUCAAUAAUUUCGGACAGAUUCCCAAACAGCUAUUUAAAAAGCCUCAUCCACCAAAACGAGCUCGUAGCCGGAUAAACGGAGAAUCGUCUGGUGUGCCGUCCUCAGUCAGCUAUACCUCCGACAAGAUCUUCUUUCACCAUUUAGAUAACCUAAGACCCUCUUUGACUCCUGUUAAAGAAUUGAAGGAGCCAGUGGGGCAGAUUGUUUACACGGAUAAAGGUGUUCUCGCAGUGGAACAACACAAGGUUCUGAUUCCUCCCACCUGGAACAAGACAUUUGCCUGGGGAUAUGCAGAUCUCAGUUGCAGGGUGGCAAAUUAUGAAUCUGACAAGGCUUUGGUAGUGUACGAGUGCCUGACUGAAUGGGGACAGAUACUGUGCACAGUUUGCCCCAACCCUAAGCUAGUUAUUACUGGAGGAACAAGUACGGCCAUUUGUGUGUGGGAGAUCACCACUUCCAAGGAGAAAGCAAAAGCCCUGACCCUAAAACAGGCACUCCACGGUCACACAGAUACAGUGACUUGUUUAACUGCUUCAUCAGCCUACCACAUCAUCGUCAGCGGGUCAUGCGACCGAACCUGCAUCAUUUGGGAUUUGAAUAAACUGGCAUUUGUGACCCAGUUGCGGGGACACAGGGCACCGGUGUCAGCGUUGUGCAUCAAUGAGCUGACGGGAGACAUUGUCUCUUGUGCUGGCACCUACAUUCAUGUGUGGAACAUCAAUGGGAACCCGGUGGUGAAUGUCAAUACCUUCACGGGACGCAGUCAGCAGAUCCAGUGCUGCUGCGUGUCAGAGAUGAAUGAGUGGCACACACAGAAUGUUAUUGUCACAGGACAUUCAGAUGGUGUGGUCAGGUUCUGGAGAAUGGAGUUUUUACAGGUUCCAGAAACACCAGCUCCCGAGGAGAGCGGAGAGCUUUCUGAAAACACCCAGGAAUCUUGUGGAGUAUCACAGAUAGGCAGAGAAGCCCAGGAUGAGGACAGUAGUGAUUCAGACCUGGAUGAUCAGAGCAGCAGCCAAGAUCCCAAAUCCAAGCAAACUCAUCUGGGUUCCGCGGGACACAAGGCAAAGGGGGUGCCUGGCAGAUCCGCCGCAGCAUGGCUGAUAGAUGGGGAGGAAUCGAAACGCUGGGCAGAUCAGCUGUGUCUGGAUGAGAAGGACGGGUUCGUCUUUGUCAAUUUCUCAGAGAGUCAGAACAAGCCAUUGUCGCAACCUCAACCACAAGCUCAAAUGCAGAGUCAUCUGCAGCAGUAUCACCAACACCACCCACAAUCCGGGCAGCACGGGCAGACUGAAGUGCGUCAUCACAACAUGCUCAGACUAGGAUAUAGAUGGGAACGACAGUUGGUGUUUCGAAGCAAGUUGACUAUGCACACAGCAUUUGAUCGUAAAGAUAAUUGCCACCCUGCAGAAAUCACAGCAUUGGGCAUUUCAAAGGAUCACAGUAAGAUUAUGGUGGGAGAUGGACGAGGCCGAGUGUUUAGCUGGUCAGUGAGUGACCAGCCAGGGCGGGCAGCUGCUGACCACUGGGUUAAGGAUGAUGGAGGUGACAGCUGUUCGGGAUGUUCUGUGCGCUUCUCCCUCACAGAAAGAAGACAUCACUGCAGAAACUGUGGCCAGCUCUUCUGUCAAAAGUGCAGUAGAUUUCAGUCUGAAAUCCGACGUUUGAAAAUCUCUUCGCCCGUGCGUGUCUGUCAGAAUUGUUAUUACAACCUGCAGCAGGAGAGGGGGGCUGAGGAGAACUCCAGGAACUAGUGUCACUGACUGCUUAGUAGCAGCAUUGUUACUCUAGCUGAUUGAAAAGAUUUUAUGCAAAAGGAAACGUUUUGUUGCAAAAAAAAGGAAGAAAAAAUAGUUUACAUGAUAUUUCUUUGUACUGUGUUGAAGCACUGUAAUAUACUGAAUAGAAAGGGAUCAUUCGCCUCCCAUUAUAAUGUGCUCAUCUCCUCUUUAUCUGAAUCAUAAAUGGUUUGGAUGUUCUGGAAUGUGCUGAGAGUAUGAUUUUGGUAAUUCUAGACGUAAAACCAUCCCUCAAGCAUCUUGCUGAUGUUGCCCAUAAUCAUAAAACCAUUGGCUUGUACGAUUUUAGAUGUAAAUCUGUCAUCACUGCAAGAAUCCCAUUUGUUUAUAGUGUAAAUAGUUUAAUGGCCUUUUUAACAAGAGAAACGUCUGAAUUGCCUGUUACAGAAAGUCCAACUAACCACUAUUUGUGUGAUUUAAGAAAUCAAUAGUAGUGUGUCCAGUACCAUUCAGUAACUGUUUUAGGCGUUAAAAGAAAGUGUAUGUGCAAAAACUAAUCGGAACACUCAUCAUUACCAACUGCAUUAAUAACCUUGGAUUUUUGUUAAUUAUUGUUUGGAUCAAGAUAUAAUGGAUUUGUGAGUUGUAUUUGUUUACUAAGUAUACUCUACUGCAGAAGCCCACAGUAUCAAAGAAAAAGGGAGGAGUUUGCAGCAGAUUCAAACCAGCCCUUGUGUUGCAUCAAUUUAUGUCCAAGAAAGCAUCCCCAUGGUAUUUGGAAUAUACUAAUUAGAAAUGUACCUGGGGGUGUUAGAUUACUGUAACACUAGUUACAUUCUCUUAUCAAACCAUUAUUUAAUCACGUCUUUAUGAGGAGCAAUAGGACUAGUAACUGUGGUUGCGAAUGCAAGCAAUCCUUUUAGGAUUGCACUACCAUGAUACUAGAGUUUUGUUUGUGUUUGUAUGCUUCGAGGGGGAGCAGGAGGCAAGAAAAUCAUCUUUUUAAAAAAGCAGAGGCUGGAGACUUCCUUACCAUUAGCUUCAGUUCCACAAAGCUUGCUAUGCUGCAUUUACGGCAGUAUAAAAAUGAAUGCCCGCUCUUGUUUUCUGACCAGAUGCCUUUUCUACCAUGUCCAAGCUGUUUACAAUAUGCUGUCAAUAUACUCGAGAGCAGCGAAUUAUAAACUCAGUAUUGCUCUCAAUGUGUGGGCAUAAUAAGUUAUAUUACAGUUAGUUGCUUAGCAGUUAAAAAUAAAUUACUUAUGUUAGAAAUUGAUGUUACAGACACAAGAGCACACCUUGUGGUAGCAAUCAUUAACUAAAACCUUGAAAUAUAUCCAUGCUGCAUUCUCAAAACUAAAGUCAAGGUUUUAGGCUUGAUUUAUCAAAAUGAGAACAAUACAUCAGCAAAACACUACAGCGAUUUUAUGUAAUGUCCAAAUGAUCAGUAAAUAACGAUGCAAUGAAUUUAUUUAAAGAAAAGGUGAUUUCCAGUUGUUUAGAUGGUUAAGUUUGUUGCGAGUCAAUGUGAUUGUUGUAUCGUACCAGUCAGUUCCACGCUUCAGGAUUCUGACCACUGAAGUGACACUCCAGUGUUAACCUGCUCCAGGUUUUCAUUUCUGAAAAGCCACAGGACAUUAUAGUAAAGAACUACUACAGUCAAAUCUCACGAGCACAAUUUACCUCAGUAUUUUAGAUUAGCUGUCAAAAACAAUAUGCUACUAUUCAUGUUGUUUUCCAUAACUACAUUUACUGAGGUGAUGGAAUGACUAGUUAUUCAACACUUUAAAUGUGGUGAAGGUUCUUUGGGAAUCAGAUUUGACUGUAGUUCAUGGAUUCAUUGGCUGUUUUAAAGCCAUUUCCCCAAGUGCAGUGGUACUGUGGGCAACAAUGCUUUUGCAUUGAAUGCUACUUCUAAUGCAAUGAAUCCUUUCCAAGGAGUGACUGAUAUUUCUGUUUAAAAUGUAACUUAUGUUUUCUGUGUAAAAUUGUGAUGCGACGUAUCAACACUUACUAUAUCAUAAUCUGUAACAAGCACUUAGAGUAGUCAUGUCGUAGCAAGUAUACUCUUUGUGCCUAGCUAACAUGUUCAUCCUCCCUUUUCCCCUUGUUCAUGUGUACGUUAUCUGUAUUAUGUAGUGUGCAAUUUAUACUGUCAUGCUUUCAAAAGUAAGGCCUGCUGUCUAUUGGCAGCACCUGAUCAAUAUUGAUACUAAAACUUAAUUAUUUUGCACCUUGCUAUUGUGUAUAAAACUGGUAGGAAUCAUUUUAUCAUAAACAUUUUUCUCUCAUUUUAAAGACACAUUUCUUUACAGUAAAUGAACUGUAUAAUAUUUAUGCAAUUAUACUGUUUUUGAAGUAUUUUAAUUUCAGCAAGUUUUGUUACUUGUUGCAUGAUUAACACAGCUGACUUUUUGUGUCAGUAACAUGUAUAUUGUUUCCACCUUUUGUUGUGUUUAAUAUAUUAACAAAUUUCUUGUUCCCUUCCUGUCCCGAAAAAGACCAAUAUCUGUACAGUAAUGAAAAUGAAAUGAAGAAAACUGGCUGAACUGGAGUGGGAUUUUUGUACUGUAUAUGAGAACUGAAAUCCUUGUUUUGGUGGUUCAUGUGCUAGACUGAUGCAUUAUACUAGUGUGUAAACUGUGGUAUCUGAAUGUUCAUUGUAUAUUUGUCCUUAAUGCAAAAGAGCUACAGUCACACAAAAUACAUAUGUAACUAAUGCAAUAGAGACGAGUCCUGGUACUAAAUCUUUUUUCAUUUAAAUAAAUACCUGCUAUUUACCACCAA